AUGGACUCUACCCUUGCUCUUACGGCUCCCGGCGAGCCCGUCUUCCCCGCUUCCCCAUUCAUGAUGCAGGACAUCAACUUUGCUUCCGCACCCUCUGUCGACGUCAACAUGUGGGAACUGGGCCACAACGAACAACUACUUCCGUCGCUUCAGUCGCAGGUCGACUUGCACGACUCUAUCGCUGAACUCUUUGGCAAUCGGCAACCAUCGCCUUUCGCGCCCCAACCUACUUCAUCUACGAGGACUAUCUUCGGCUGGCGCCCAUCGUCUUCCUCCAAUUCCCUCCACCCCACAUCCACAACUUCGAACGGCAUGCCCACAAGCAGCUCGUCCUGUCUUGACAUGAUUGCAGACGCUCUCGUGCCUCGCAAGCCCAAAUACAAGCCAUUCGUGAACCCAGGCCGUAUUCGUAUUGAACAGGCUUGUGAAGCGUGCCGCACUCGCAAAGCCAAGUGUGACGGCGGUAAUCCAUGCGAUCGUUGCCGAGACCGAGGCGUGAGCUGUGUCUACAAGGGCAGCAAGCUCACUCGGUCUCGCAGGAGUUCGUACAGCGACCCCGCCACGACUACGUCCAGCAACGCAUCCAUCCCAUCUCGUACACCGAACCGAAAAGUUCGCUCAGCGCCUGCACCCCUACACCUCGCUCGCAGCGCCUUCGAGCCUGGGCGAACGCAAAACGGGCGCACACCGUCCCCACCCCAUCUCCCAUACCGUGAGCCGCCGUCGGCCGCGAGUUCGUCGGGGAGCUUCAUCUCCGGCUAUUCCACCACCAAUUCGAGCGCACGCUCUACGCCAAUGUCUGCGGACUUCCCCGAGUUUGCCUCUUUGCACGCUGAGGGCCCGUCCGGCACGGGGGCCAUGCGCCACAGCAGGCAGAACUCCAGAACACAUCCCUAUUACGCCCCGGCGGCUUCCCAUCACUCCUCGGUCUGUGGAUCCAGCGCGUCGUCCUUCAUCGACGGUCUUCCGCCAGCCACCGAAGUGGCUGGAUGGACAGAUCUACAAUUCACAAACCAAUGCUUCCCCGGACAGCCAGGCGAGACAAACUUCUUGACCGCGGGCGACGACCUCUCCGACCUUUUCAACAUCUGCGCUCCGCUACCGCUGGACGGCUUCCCCGCAUCGACUCAGUUCACUGGAGAGAUGCCGCCCAUGUUUGAUCUUUCGACCAAUGCAAGCGAGUCGUCCAGUGACUCGGCACAGUCCAACGACUCGUACGCUAGCUUCGAGUCGUCGUUGAUGCUGGAGUUCGCCCAGACGCCGAGCACAGUAUCGGCUGACGAGGAGAGCAAGUCGACGGAAACGUCCCCUGCGAGGUCUCCCGAGGAGUUGUGA